GAAGCCCGCAGCCCGCGCGGGAGCGGGACCACUGCCAGAGGAGCUCAGAAGGCAUGCUGAGCCCCCUCCUGGGCUGAAGCCCUAGAGCAGAGAAGUCCCGGCAAGCGCAGGCUAAAGAGCCAAAGGCGGCAAAGGCGCGAGACAGCAGACAAGCGGCGGAGGAGAGGGCGGAGGAGGCAAAGCCAGAAAGGGGCAGCAAAAGAAGUGGUGGUGGUGGGCGUCGUGGCUAUGGCGGCGGCUAUCGCCAGCUCCCUGAUCCGGCAGAAGAGACAAGCCCGCGAGCGCGAGAAAUCCAAUGCCUGCAAGUGUGUCAGCAGCCCCAGCAAAGGCAAGACCAGCUGCGACAAAAACAAGUUAAACGUCUUUUCCCGGGUCAAACUCUUCGGCUCCAAAAAGAGACGCAGAAGGAGACCAGAGCCUCAACUUAAGGGUAUAGUUACCAAACUAUACAGCCGACAAGGCUUCCACUUGCAGCUGCAGGCAGAUGGAACCAUUGAUGGCACAAAAGACGAGGAUAGCACUUACACUCUGUUUAACCUCAUCCCUGUGGGACUUCGAGUGGUGGCUAUUCAAGGAGUUCAAACAAAGCUGUAUUUGGCAAUGAACAGCGAGGGAUACCUGUACACUUCGGAACAUUUCACACCUGAGUGUAAAUUCAAAGAAUCGGUGUUUGAAAAUUAUUACGUGACAUAUUCAUCGAUGAUAUAUCGCCAGCAGCAGUCAGGCAGAGGGUGGUAUCUGGGUCUGAACAAAGAAGGAGAGAUCAUGAAAGGAAACCAUGUGAAGAAGAACAAGCCUGCAGCUCACUUUCUGCCCAAACCACUGAAAGUGGCCAUGUACAAGGAGCCAUCACUGCAUGAUCUCACGGAGUUCUCCCGAUCUGGAAGUGGGACCCCAACCAAGAGCAGAAGUGUCUCUGGAGUACUGAAUGGAGGCAAAUCCAUGAGCCACAAUGAAUCAACGUAGCCAGUGAGGGCAAAACAAGGGCUCUGUAACAGAACCUUACUCCAGGUGCUGUUGAAUUCUUCUAGCAGUCCUUCACCCAAAAGUUCAAAUUUGUCAGUGACAUUUACUAGACAAACAGGCAGAGUUCACUAUUCUAUCUGCCAUUAAACUUUAUCAUCCAUACUAAAGCCCCAUAAUUUAGAUUGAGCUUGUGCAAAAGAAUGCUAAGCAUUAUCAGUGAACUAAAUCUGGGAGAAGGACUGCCCAUUUUUCUCAUGGUCUCACUUUAACUUUGGGGAUGACAAACCACAAUCAUUUCACAGCACUAAUGCUGAUAAAAAUUUGCCCUCCAAGAAAAAAAAAUUAAAAGACCACAAUUGCUCUUCAAAAAUAAAACAAAAUUAACUACUUAAAUGUUUUGUAGAGGCAAACAAACUUAUGUGAACUGUGUUGUUUUCUUGGCUUAAUGUUUUCUAUCUAUGCUUGAUUCAAAUGUAUUCUUUACUUUGGUAUAGUGCAACUUUCUGAUUUCUGAAAUUCAGUGGUUCUAUUGACUCUGUGUCACUUAAUCCAAAUCAACCAAAUUCAGGGUUGGAUCUGAAUUGGCAUCUCAGGCUCAAGGUAACAGUGUUCUUGUGAUUUUACCAUUUUUUUUUCCGAUUUGUAGUACUCUGGUCAAGUUAUUGUGCUGUACUUUGUGCAUAGAAGUUGAAUUGCAUUGUCAACCCCAGUCAAUAAAUAUUACUUAAACAACAAAAAAAGAUUAUCCUCAAGUGUAGAUUUCUCUUAAUUCCAUUUGUGUUAUCAUGUUAAACUAUUGUUGUGGCUUCUUAUGUAAACACAGGAAUUGUGGAACUGUGAUAUUGUCUUUUGUGUUGUUAAAUAAGAAAUGUCUUACCUCUAUGUGUAUGAGUCCUCUUGUCAUUGUAUUUGGCACAUGAAUAUUAUAUACAAGGAAAUAUUAAGACUGGUUACCCCUAAACAACAUAUACUUAUACUUGCUUCUGGAAAGUGUUUAAGACUUAGCUAGGUUUCCAUUUAGAUCUUCAUAUCUGUUGCAUGGAAGAAAGUUGGAAUCUUGGCAUAGAGUUGCAUGAUAUGUAAGAUUUUGUGCAUUAAUAAUUGUUAAAAUCUGUGUUCCAAAAGUGGACAUAGCAUGUACAGGCAGUUUUCUGUCCUGUGCACAAAAAUGUUAAAAAAAAGUUGUUUAAUAUUUGUUGUUGUAUACCCAAAUACGCACUGAAUAAACUCUUUAUAUUCAUUCAAAGAAAAA